UUGGCUCGAAGGAAUAUAGGGCCUUCGUUCAACGUUAAUCAAACACCCUGAUCCAGUUCUCGUCGUAUGCUUACCUUAGCACCCCUUUAACCCGGAUCUGCCAUGUGGCCUGGCACGGCCUGCUCAUACCUGAAAACGUGCCUCUGACACCACGUAACCACUACGCUACGCCAAAAACAACGGGCAGCUCCCCGUGUCGACUAUUCGUCAGAAGUGUGCUAGCAUAGCGCCCAGCAGAAUGCCGACCGCUCACUCGCUGCGUUUACAACCUUGCUUCCAUUUUCGGGCAAGCGGCGCCAGAUCAGGGGUUGCACUGUGGAGAUGGUGGUGUAGUGCUAAAGAUGACGGGCCACACACCCUUCCCUGCCCUUUGUCAUCCUCUAGCUUGCCCCAAUCUGACCCGGUACGAUGCGACACAUACGAUAAUAGCAGCCAGCCAAGGCGCUUCACAGCGCCUCUUCCUCUCCCGGUAGCCGAAGGCGGGCUGGGACAACCUGGGGGCUAGGAUGACAUAGCAAUGCUGGGAGGGGCAAAUGGAUGCGCACUCUCAUCAGCUUUUAGCGUGGCCCCAUGUGCCCUGAUCUUAUCAAGGUCCCAUAUUGGGCGAAUCACUGCUUUGGCCGUCUCUCCAGCGUGUGGGUGCAGAACAGCAACUGGUGAGAAUGGCUAUAGUUUCCUAAAAUGGGUGUUUUAUGGCAUGGUCUCUCCAGGACGAAUGGCUCCGCAUUGGGACGAUGCCAUAAUCAUGGAACUUCUAGCAUGCUCUCUACACUCAAUGCGCUCUGCCCUCAACGCGGGAUUACGGAAGCGAAUGUGACUGAGAGAUGAUGGUCGAGCCGGUCCUGUCAUCAAGGUACAGUUUUCCGCAAAGCUUCUGUCGACCUUCCACCCUGCUCUCUGUCUGCUUUCAGUAACGUCUACGUCGCUGCUCUCAUCUUCGGCGUCUUAUGGCACGGGAAACUCUCAGAUGCCCAUUUCCCGCACUCCAGAAGAUGUUCUGAUGAGAGCAGAGCGGAUGAGCAAGAGUAAUACGCCUGCGGCGAACAUGGCAGGACGGAACGGGAUUCGAAGACUACUUAGACGCAACGAUUCCGUAGACAAAGUGUUCGAGAAGCAACUACUCAGCCUCAAACACUCUUAUCCAUUUCUUAAAAGAAGACAUCUUCUCUUUACAUCCUUCCUAUCCCCUCAAAACCCACCUAUACUCUCAUACACUUAGACGGCACCAUCACCACCUUACCCUAUACGCCCGACACGACAGCCGCUUCUAUCAACAUCCUCUCACCUCUCCCUUUCGACCUCGCCAUUUAAAACAUUUCUUCUCUUCUUUCUUCUAAAACACAUCCUUUUACAUCAAUCACAAUGUCUGCCGCCGCCAUCCCCAAGACACAAACUGCGAUUAUCGCCACAGAUGCCGAAGGCACGCUAGAGGUUGCCCAUGACGUCGGUGUCAUGGAGCUCGAGCCCGACGCAGUUUUGGUCAAGACUGCUGCUCUCGCUCUCAACCCUGUCGACUCCAAGAUGUUCAAGGGCUUUGCCGUCCCCGGCGCUAUCCUCGGCUUCGAUUUCGCCGGCACUGUUGUUGCUGUUGGCUCCGCCAUCACCAAGGACGUCAAGGUUGGCGACAGGGUCUUGGGCAGUGCUGACAGCAUGGACCACAAGCGACCCUGCGGAGGUGGUUUCGCUCAGUACGCUUCCACUCCUGCGAGUCUCACCCUGAAGCUGCCUGACAGCAUGUCCUUCGCUGAUGCUGCUUGCAUGAGCACGUCGCUCGCCUCCGCCGGCAUGGCCCUGUACUUUUCCAUGGAUAUUCCUGGAACUUUGGCCAAGCCCGCUGAGAACAAGCCUUUCGCUCUCGUUAGCGGUGGUAGUACCUCUACCGGUACUAUGGCCAUCCAACUUCUCAACAUGUCGGGUUUCCGCACCAUUGCCACCUGCUCUCCCGCCCACGAUGAGCUGGUUCUUUCUUAUGGUGCUGAGAAGGUCUUUGACUACCGCUCUCCCACCGCUGCCAAGGAUAUCAAGGAGUACACCAAGAACACCCUUACCUACGCCAUUGACUGCAUCACUGUUGCUUCUACUAUGAAGCUCUGCUACGAAGCCAUUGGCCGUGCUGGUGGUCGCUACACUGCCCUCGACCCCUUCCCCGAGGCGCAGGCUACUCGUCGGGUCGUGAAGCCUGACUGGAUUCUCGGUUCCACCGUCAAGGGCCGUGGCAGUGGAUGGCCUGCGCCCUAUGGCCGCGAGCCCGACGCUAGCGCGCGUUCGUUCUGCGAGGAGCUCUACGCCCAGGCUCAGAAGCGCCUCGAUGCGGGCGAGCUUAGAAACCACCCCUCCAAGAAGAUGGAGGGCGGCUUCGCCGGAAUCUUGGAAGGAAUCGAAAUGAUUCGCCGCAAGGAAGUCAGCGGUUUCAAGCUAGUGUACGAAGUGGAUCAGUAAAAUGUCCGCUGUGCUUACAUGCGCUGCGGUGGCCAGGUCUACUUAGCGGCGAUGGUACAGUGUGAAAACGCGAUGACAAGGGGUCUGUGGCUGGAUCUCAUCCCAAGCCUGAUCUCUUGUCCCCUUUCCUUCUUUCCCCAGUAAGGGGAAAUCUUACGAUGGGAUUCAUGUACGGUAUUUUGGUAUCUUUUUGUCUUUUUUAGCUUCUUCUUUUUACGUCAUUUACGGGCUUCGCGUGCGCGUUUAGUCCUUCUAAACUACCCUCCAUCAGCGGCAGGGCGGCUACACAUGGUGAUCAGCUUAAAGCAGCUACACCUUUUCUAUAUACAUAUAUACACUGCAAAUAUAACAAAUAAAAAAUAAAAAUGAAAAUACAUAUAUUUAUUA